GCAAUGGCACUGUCACGUUGGUCCACUAAGGCAUUUCGUAGUUCCUUCUCCUUCUCUCUCGUCCUCUGUUCACUGAAGAAAUCCACGGUUCAAAGUUUCCCAAAUCUCGUCAAUUCGUCGGUGAAUAUUUUUGGAGAACGAAAAUGUCGUCCACGUUCAGCGGCGAUGAAACUGCACCCUUCUUCGGCUUCCUCGGUGCCGCUGCUGCCCUCGUUUUCUCCUGUAUGGGAGCUGCGUACGGGACGGCGAAGAGCGGUGUUGGAGUGGCGUCGAUGGGAGUGAUGAGGCCAGAGCUGGUAAUGAAAUCGAUCGUCCCCGUUGUUAUGGCUGGAGUUUUAGGUAUUUAUGGGUUGAUUAUUGCGGUUAUUAUAAGCACUGGGAUUAACCCGAAGGCCAAAUCUUACUACCUUUUCGAUGGCUAUGCUCAUCUUUCCUCUGGUCUCGCUUGUGGCCUCGCUGGUCUCUCUGCCGGCAUGGCCAUCGGAAUCGUCGGUGAUGCUGGCGUCAGGGCCAAUGCCCAACAGCCAAAGCUUUUCGUUGGAAUGAUUCUAAUUCUCAUUUUUGCCGAGGCUUUGGCUCUGUAUGGGCUCAUUGUCGGUAUCAUCCUCUCUUCCCGAGCUGGUCAGUCCCGAGCAGAAUAGAGUGCAAGGUUCUGAGACUCGGGGUUGUUGCUAGUUGGCAUCACUUGGUUGUCUCCGAUUCAUGCCACAAGCGUAUGCAGUGUGAAACAAUUUAUCAAGUUGCUAUCUCGAACUCAUUCAUGAAUUUAUCGAUAAGCAGUUCUAUGCUGUUUGUAUAAGUAGACGAUAGAUUUAAUUUGAAAUAAAUCUUGUUUUAACAUUUUUUCGUAUCUAUUGCUGUACCCUACGUGUAGGUUCAAUGAAAUGCAAAGACCAUGUUUAUGAUA